CAGUCUUCGUGAUGAGUCAUGUUUUAGGUUUUCCUUUUUUUGACCUAUUAGAUUUUUCAUAACUUCCAUUCCUGGGAAAUGAAAGCCAAGCUAAAGCAGAACUGAAGGUUUCACAUGAAAUGCAGAUACCACACCAGACCUUUAUCUUGGACGCAGCAUCAAGAACCGAACCAGCUCCUCAGAGAACCCGUCGAGAACCACAGCUGAAGGAUGUGUGCUGCUCAGAGUCCAACAACACUGGAGUCCAAACUGGAGGCCCUGCAGUGCCACUUCACCUGGGAUCUGGACCACAGCAAGUCCAUCCUCUUACGUCGCAGGGCCACCCUGGAGGACAUCGGCACCGAGGAGGGGAACAGCUGGCUGGGUCACAUCUACAACCUGCGGGGGUUCAUCCAGUACCAGCUGGGGUUCACCGAAGACGCCCAGAGUCUCUUCAGCAAGGCUGCAGAGGCCUUUAGGAAGACAAGAAACGCAGACCAGGGUCCCUGGUUGGUGGUGAACUACGGGGACCUGGCGUGGCUGCACCACCACCUGGGAGACCGAGCAGAGAGUCAGGCUUACCUGUCAAAGGUCCACGCCCUGAUGAAGAAAUACCCACCUCCAUCCCAGGACCCCCAGGACCAGCUCCAUCCAGAGAUCUACGCUGAGAAAGCCUGGACCCUGAUGAAGUUCAGCGCAGAACAAAAGAAACAGGCUGCAGAUUACUUCCAGAGAGCCAUCAGGAUGCAGCCGGACAUGGUGGAGUGGAACACCAGCUACGUCUUAGGGUUGGUGGGGUUUGUCAAGCACAACGACUACAAGGUGAAAGCUGAGCUUCUGGAGAAAAUGAGACUCGCCAAGGAACAGGAUCCAGAGAACAUGUACCUCGCUGCCCUCUACCUUAAUCAAUGCACUCAGAAAGGAGAAAACAUUGAAGAAGAAGCACGUGAGUUAGCCAGAAAGGUGCUGAGAAACCCUGUGAGCAGCUACAGUGGCAUUAGACCUUUACUAAAGGUCUACAGUUACUACAUCUCUGUUGACACGGCCAUUGCUUUGGCCGAGGAGGCUCUGGGAACCCAUCCAGACCAGCGUUAUCUGAAGCGAUGCGCUGCACUCUGCUACAAAUGGAAGAUCGUUUACGUCAGGGAGCGUCGCCUGAGUCCAAUCGAGAUAGACCGAGCCAUAGGUCUCCAUGAGGAGGUGAUCGCUCUCUACCCUGAUUCGUUCCUCAUAAAGAAAAUAGCUUUCGCAAAUAUAUACGCACAGUUAAAUCAGGGCAUGGCCGAAGCUGAGCAGAUAUACCAGGAAAUGCUAGAACUGGACCUGGAACCUGCAGAGAAACAGAUGCUCUACAACAGCUACGCAGAACAUCUAUACCUCAAUUGUAGGAAUUACCACAAGUCGAUCCAGUAUCACAUGAAGGCUGCAGAGAUACCGCAGCACUCCCCCCAUCGACGGUACAGCAUCAGGACCCUGAAGAGGAUCAGGGACCGAGGCAGGAGCCACAUGUGUAGAGAAAUCCACGAGCUUCUGGAAAACCUGCAAAGCCCAUAGUGGUCUUAAAAAGCCCCGGUUCUUAAUCCAGAA